UGCAGGGGAACUCACAAGGUGCUGUCAGUUUAAGCUGAUUUGAGAUUUAAUGAUCACAGGUGUGUAAAGUUGUGGCCCAAAGCAAAUGAAUGAGCAGCUUUUCAGACACAUGUUGACACCGUGCAGUGAAGCCUGGACCUCCUUGUGGUUUUGGCUCGGCCCAGCGUCCACGUUAACCAGCGACAGUGAACGCACCACGAGCCACACAAGGAACAGCCGUCGUCCGCUAAUGACAGGAGAAGUCUGCGCUUCACUCAGUGCAUCUGUGCCUAAGAUGACCCGCUGCAUGCAGGCUGACUGAACAACUCCUCCCAGCCCAAGAAAAGAGAGAAAACCGGUCGAGAAGUGAGUCAGCGACCCAAACCUCCAUCAGGAAGGCUCCACUCAUCCAGCCCCCUCCCUCCCUCCCUCCCCUCCUCUCCUCCCUCUCUCUCCCUCUCUCUCUCUCCCUAUCCCCACCUCUUUCUCUGUCUUUCUCUCCUAUCCUAACCAACAUGGCCGCUAAGUCGGAUGGAGCAGCGGUGUCUGUGGAAGAUGACAACACGCCCAGGAGCCUCUCGGAGCCGGGGAACCCCGCCGACCGGCCCCGGUGCAGCGCCGCCGGCGGGAAGCCCUACACCCUGCUGGACUGCUGCUGGGUGCUCUGCGCCCUGCUCGUCUUUUUCUCCGACGGCGCGACCGACCUGUGGCUGGCCGCCGACUACUACCUGAGAGGUGACUACUGGUGGUUCGGCUUGACGCUCGUCUUCGUCGUGGUGCCCUCAGCGGUCGUCCAGGUCUUGAGUUUCAGGUGGUUCGUGUACGACUACUCGGAUCUGAGCGGCGGGGACGGAGCGGCGAGCGGCAGUGGGACCGGCGCGGCGGCGGCGGCAGGCGCGGCAAGCGACAACACUUUAAGCACCAAGGACAGCGACCAGCGCGGCGGCUGCGCGGCGGCGGGGAACGCCGCGAAUGCCACCCCGGUUUACACGUCCUCUGCCCCGCCUGCGACGGCAGAGAGAGUCGGGGCCCCCCGGAGGUGCUGCACCGUCUGCAUGUGGGUCUUUCAAACCGUCCUCCACGUCCUGCAGCUGGGGCAAGUCUGGAGGUACAUCCACGCCCUCUACCUGGGCGCCCAGAGCCGUUGGCACGGCGACGGACCCCGUCGCCACUUCCACUGGCGGCUGAUGUUCGAGAGCGCUGACAUCACCAUGCUCCGCCUCCUGGAAGCCUUCCUGAAGUCGGCUCCGCAGCUCGUCCUCCAGCUGAGCAUCAUGAUCCACGGGAACGACGUGCUGCCUCUGCAGGGUCUCUCGGCCUCGGCCUCCUUGGUCUCUUUGGCCUGGAUGAUCGCCUCCUACCAGAAGGUUCUGCGGGACUCCCGCGAUGACAAGCUGCCCAUGUCCUACAAGGCCGUCAUCACCCAGAUGCUGUGGCACUUCUUCACCAUCGGGGCGAGAACUGUGGCCUUUGCCCUCUUCGCCUCCGUCUUCCAGCUCUAUUUCGGCAUCUUCAUCGUCAGCCACUGGUGUGUCAUGACCUUCUGGAUCAUCCAAGGUGAGACCGACUUCUGCAUGUCCAAGUGGGAGGAGAUCAUCUACAACAUGGUGGUAGGCAUCAUCUACAUCUUCUGCUGGUUCAAUGUGAAGGAGGGCCCCAGCCGCUUCCGUAUGACCGUCUACUACUCCGUGACCCUGGCUGAGAAUGUGGCACUGACCGCCGCCUGGUACACCUACCGCGGCCCGCAAACCUCCGACUCCUACGCCCUGGUGGUGGUGUGCCUGGUCGCCUGCAGCUUCGCCCUCGGGACCUUCUUCAUGUUGGUGUACUACUGCUGGCUGCACCCCGACGGGCCCGUUCUGGGCUCACAGUGGAGAGGAUGUGUGGACGAGGGCGUGGUGGGUGCAGGAGGGGUGGCAGGAGUGAUCGAUGCUUGUCUCACUCCAUCCCAAGGGUCCCAAACAGACAUGGUCAUUACCAGCCCUCCGAGGACUCUCCCCAGGACUAAAGACACAGGAGAGCCGGUUCCAGGGGAGCGAGACCGGGACAGAGACAGGGACAGUUGCCUGCCUGUCUUCCAGGUUCGUCCCUCCCCGUCCUCCUCUCCUGCACUCCUUCACAGGACCUCUUCCUCAUCCCGUGCGCAGGAGGGCCCCGUGAUCCGGAUCGACCUCCCGAGAAAGCGAUACCCGGCCUGGGAUGCGCACUUUAUCGACCGGCGACUCCGCAAGACCAUUCUGCUUCUGGAGACCACGUCAGCCGUCAGCCCCAGGAUACAGUACAGGAGUAGCAUGAUGGGCAGCAAAGAGGUCUUAGAAUAUGAGACAACUGUCUAAGCCAACAGGGGCUCUUAGACUUAAAAAGUGCGGUCUGGGACCAAGGCUCAGCCUGAGUCCAGUUCUCAUCCCAGGACUACCGUCGCCAGGAGGAGCAUGGAAAGGAAACAAAGAGUGUGAGACAACUCUUUCUAAGAAAAAAAAAAAGGUUGUCAAAACUUGAUUGUAAAAUGUAAAGCGCAAUCUGGGACCAAGGCUCUCCCAUUGGGGCACAGUCCGGGAGUAAGUAGCAUGAAUGAGCCGUGGGAAGUAAAAGGAGUAACACACUGAACUGGGAUAAUCUUCAUCUUUUCUAAAAGCUUGGAGGUGAGAAAUUUAAUCUCUCAUCCUGGGACCAAGGAGUGUUAGAUUUAGUUUCAUCCUGCACGGCCAGAACAGGAUGUAAAAGGAUUUGGGAGCAAUGAAGUUGCGGAGAUAAUUGUGAAACAGUCUGCUGCAUGAACUUAAGCCUCAGACCCCGGAGACUCAACAGAGACUUACCGGGGGAACUGGUAGACACUGGUUGCCAGAGUUUGCACAGGACAUGCAAUCAUUUUGGUUUGGUAGCAGAUCAGACACUGACAGGAAAGCCAUCUCAAAACUAAUGCCUCGUGAUCAAAAGACAACUAGACGAUUAGGUUAAAUCUGGGCUAAAUCUGGUCAAGGAAAAAUAUCUAGUUCUGGUUAGAAAACUAGAUUACAUAUAAUAGAUUAGAUGUGUUUUUGAACAGCACUUAAUUGAGUAUAUUUAAAUAUAUAUUUCAGUGAAUAAAUAUAUUUAAAAUGUGAAUGAAACAAUGACUGUAAUGUAGAUGUCUCACUUUUCAACCACAGUUAGUCCAGUUUUAACCAAAAUGCCUCCAAGACCACCUCACUCUUAAGCUGCCAGAGAGGAUUUUUUCUUUUUUCUUUUUUUUUAUACCAUCAUGCGCCCAAAGGGUUGCAUGUCCCUCUCAAACUUUGGUGACUAUCCUUUAAUCUUACUUUUCGUGGGGACUGAAGAGAAACGCGGUCUCAUACGUUGGGCUCCAGUCUCACGAGAACACAAGGACUCAUGAAAAGUAGGCUGUCAAAUCUCACAGUUUAGGUCCAGGUGGAUUAUAAAAUGUAGGCCUGAGAUACAAGUGAAAACAGUCACCCAUCCAUAUGUGAUUACAAAGGCAGCCAUAGCAAAAGUCCCGCCGUUUACAUCCCAGCUGCAGCGUCACCGCCAACCUGAGAAAUGUCAAAUCCAACAGGACUGGAUGUAGACUGGACGACUUCUGCGAUGGCUUCCAUCACAUGGCAUGCUGUCACUCACCACAAACAGGCCUGUGAUGUACAGUUGAACAAAUACAGAUGUCAGAUAUAAGCUAUUAUAAUAAGCUGUAGUUAGGUGAUGAAUGACUGUUGGGUGAAGAUGCUUCAUUUACUCGUAAGAGUCUAAAUGUUGUCCACUUUUCUUGGAACACAUACCAUGUCGUAGUACCAAGGGCGCCAUGAGCAACCUCAUUAAGCUAUGAAACAUUUUCCAGUGACGAGACGUGUCUUUUCAUCAUGUCAACAGAUCUGAAAGUAUCCGAGAAUGAUUUGGUGGGAAGUGAAAACACUGAAAAAAAAAAAAGAAAAAAAAAGCAGAGCAUGAUGUUUCUGCAUGCUAGCAAUAGCUGACGCUUCAUGUUACAGAUCAUUGACUGUAAAUAAAGAUGGACGACAGCACAGCUCCUCAAAAGUGAAGCCAAAACAUCCUGAUCACCAAACUACAAACUCAAGUGCACAUCGAUUGGUUUCAGUCACUGUAGGUAGUUUUCUAAUCACACUGCUGUUCUGUUCAAAUCUGAGUUCCAACCAUGGCAGGAUGACAGUUCUUGUAUUCGGGAUAUCUGGGCUUCAUUUUUGUACAGUGUCAGAGGUGGAGACGCUUCGUGCAUCUUUAUACACAGUCAGUAUUUCAGAUAGCAUGUUGACAUGGGUUCGGACUUCUUGAGAGGUGAUGUUGUUUACAAAAUAAAACCAUGUACAGGCCUUCGAUGGGGGUAUAAUUUGCAGAUACAGGUUUGGAGUGAUAAAUUACAUCAGCAGAAGGAGAAAAAAAAUGAAACGGUGAGAACUGAUUAGCUCCUCUUUGCGCCUGUUAUCUGCUGUUGUGAUGCCCUGAAGCAACAAGCUAACACUCAUCUGAGCUGAUCAGUUAGCAACUGCAGAGGUUGAAGUUCAAACGCUGCAGCUCCCAGGUGUGAAUGAGUGUUACUAUCAAUUAGAAGCAGCUGGAUGCUGAGAAAGUCAAGCGUGGUCAGCAACAGAACCUGAAGGGAGAACAGUUGAAAAAAAGAAAACGAAAAAAAAAAAAAAAAAACACAUUAGCAUCAAAGCUGUCUUCUGUCCCUUCUCAUAUCACGCGACAGCAUUCUCUUCAGCAGCCUGUUUUUCCAAACGUCUUUUCAAAGACCGUUUUUUUUAUUUAAAAGCCUUCAGGGAUGGUCUGUGCAUUUACCCAGAAAACAUUUAAACCGGUGUUGUGAUUCGUUUUAGAUGAAGGCAGCGGAAAGGUGUUUGCAUUUCUAUGAGCAAUGCACUCAAAAGCAUUUCUUUUAAACACAUUGCAUCCCCCAUGUGACUCUGAUUCAUCCCAAAAAAAAAGCAUGCUCAUCAAAAAAAAAACACACACACAUUUGAAGAUGCAUUUGAGAUGCUGUGCAGCGACGACAGCUCCCAGUUCACGAUGUAGCUAAACUGUUUUGUUUUACUUUUUCAACCCGACAAGCAUUUAGAAGAUGCCGAUGUUCAGGGGGUCGCCGGUUCAUGGUUGACUGACACGAGCACAAAAAACUAAAAAAAAAACUAUGGCACAGUAAAAAGUCAUUUAACCGCUAUUCAGAUUCUCGUUUUGUAAAAGCAUCUUUGGCAUGAUUUUUUUUUUUUUUUUUUUUUAAAUGACAUCUCAACUUUAAUUUUGCGCUUCCCCGCUCCAGAGCUGAUCUAGAUUGUUGUGUCAACAUCUGCAUUUAUUUCAUAGUGUAAAAACUGAUCAUUUUUACAUGAAAAUAAGUGUAACAUCAAAAGAAAUCAGCUGAACAUGUUUGAACCUGUUCACUGUCUCCACUCUGACAGUAGACUGGAUCACUGUUCUGUUUUGGGUGAAGUCUGAAAUUCAAAGCGUUCCCCCCCUUGCUGCCAUCUGGGGCCGACAUGUCUGAUGUCUGAGUGUCCAGGGUGGUUUUAAUUAUCAACGUUAUGCCGAUGAUGCAUGUGUAUAUUUUGAGGUGUUCCUGGAGAAGUAUUUCCAACCUCCUGUACUUUUAGUCGAUGGGUAAGACAAGUCACCAAGAGCUGCUUACGUACUUGCUUUUUAACACUGAGCUCACAUAGAGGAACGCCUGUGACUCAAGACCGAGGCUCGUUAACUUGCUGCAGGAAUGAGUCAUAGAACCCCUAAAUAAGUUAACAUUUUUGCACUUCUGGCUCCCUCAUCUCGAGGUCAGUGGGGUAUGAGUUAGGUGCCUGAAAUAAGGUCUGUGGUCAACACAAGCUUAGGAGAUUUUCACAUUUUCUACCACAUAAAAUAUGCAGUAAAUUUGGACUUUUAAAGCUUUGACGUGUCUCUAAAAAGGGAGGUUGCUAACAAGUGGCUAAAUGUGAAUACAGAAGUUGUCGGGGACAUUAAACAACAUGACGGGACGAAGUAUACUCGCAAAUUUGUAGAUUAAUCAAUUUAUAGUAAAUGGUGUAGAGGUCAGAGGUCUUUUUACUUUCGCCUCAAUUGGUGAAGAUUAUCUUACCGAAUACGAAAGUAUCAUUAAAGCAGCAACUCGUCCUCUUUCACUCAGCGUUAGCGACAGAGCUACUGCUAGCAGCCUGAGGAAUACUACUCUGUCCUCGACACUCUGAUCUCAGUGCCGUGAAAAAGGCAGCGUAAAACAUUUGGUUGUAUUAACGAGUAAUUGCAGAUCUACACUUAAGAAUAUCUACAGUAAUGCUAGUUUAACUAGUGUUUGCCACAGAGUUUACUUUCUGCUAUAAUUCCAAAAUCCAGUUGAAACUGGGGCUGGAGCUGAUGCUAACUUCUGUGUUAGCCUAAAAAUCUAUGUCCUGCCUGCAGCUCUCUACAGGAUAAUGGUUAAUUGUGCAGUUACACCUUGAAAAUGCUUUUAAUCAUUUUCCGAUGGUGUGAACAAUCGGUGCCCUGAAGGAUCAUACAUGGGUUUUCUAUCAUGCACACGCUUAUGUAGCCUACUGACAAAAGCAAGUAUGUAAGCACUCUGACCCUCACAAGGUUUGUGGUUAUUCCCAGUGAAGACACCGAGGGCAAAAAAAUAAAAAAUCCACGUGAGCUCUCUCUGAACGUAUGUUUGUGUCUCCUCUGCAGGGAAACUGUUGUGUUUUAACUCUGGUGGGUAACAGAAAAAAAAAAAAAAUCAACAAUCAGGAAUACAAGUUUCAAAUUGAUAUUCAUAAAUAAGGGUGUUAUUAUCCUGACGGUGUUGUGUUCUGCCUGGACUUGUGGACGUUGGUACAGUGGUGACAGUCACUGCGAUGUUAAUGGUGCUGAAAACGACUCUACGUCGACACUGAUUAUGUCAUGUCGAACAUGAUAGGCUAAUGUACAGAUAACGCAUCAAACACCCAAUCACGGGGCCGAGGGCGAGGCUUCGCUUCCUCUGAUUGGGUAACGAAGCCGUCCUUUGUCGUUGAGGUAAAAUAACAGUUAAAAGUGGUGCGCUGAAUAUAUAUCGACUUGAACAAAUCAUGUUAAAAAGUAAACAGUGAGUUUAAAAAAACUCAUAUCAUCUUUUAUUAAUUGAUGCAAGUAUUUAUGUUUAUUUAUUUUUGUAUUUGUUUUAUAUCUAUUUAUCUAUUGUUUACUCACUCGGUGGCCAUGUCUUUGGUAUGACUCUUAUAUUAAGAUGUAAAAAGUGAAAAUAGAUUUUUUUUUACUCAUUCUAUAUAUCUGUAUAUACCAGCGUGGCGCUAUACUAGGACGUGUGCGUAUGAGUAUGUGUGCUUUUGGUUUGUAUGUGUGUGUAUUGUAUGUACAGUAUGUAUGUAAGGAUGUGCUCUAAGUUUUUUUGAUAAUGCUGCUUAAACAUCCUCCGAGUGAACGAGCAGAAAAAUAGAAAAAAAAAAAAAAAACAGUGGUGAAAAAUAUCUAUGACGCUGUUAAGAAAAAAAAAAAGAACUCAACAAGCUGUGCUGAUAACUGUAGAUGGGAACAAUACUGUAGUAAACAUGGCUGAACAGCCGUCCAAAAAUAAA